CUCCGCACACCCAAACAGAGAAGCGCGUCUCACUAGCUCAUGGCUGUACUGUUGUCAGUCUUUGUUCAGCUGACAUUUGUGCUCCUCAUAUAAGAUGGAUUUUAUCUUUGCUGUCUCAAGCAUCAUUCUUACCCUGACCUUCCCAGUGCACUGUGGUAAAAUCCUGGUGUUUCCUCACGAAGGCAGUCACUGGGUUAACAUGAACAUUUUGCUCCGGGAGCUUCACUCCAGGGGCCAUCAGAUCACCGUGAUACGGGCCCUCGACAGCUGGUUCAUCUCAGAGACGUCGCCUCACUACGUCUCAAUGACCGUGCCGUUUUUACUGGGUGGCGAUGAUGAGUUUUACAGAAGUUUUGUUUCUAACCAACUGCAGAUCCGGCGGCAGCGCAAAUCGGCGUGGACCAGAUUCAAACUGGAUAUGGAGCUCAAGGAGAAAUUUUCCGAAAUGCACAGGAAGAUUUGCGAAAUGCUGAUCUAUAUGAUCGAGAAAGACCCUGAGCUGUUGGAACAAAUCAAACAGGCUAAGUUUGACUUAAUGUUGACCGAUCCAGCAAACGGAGGAGGUGUUGUCCUCGCACAUUAUCUGAAAUUACCUCUCGUUUUUAACGUCCGAUGGACCGUGCAUGGAGAAGGGCACUUUGCGAUUGCACCGUCUCCUCUGUCUUACAUUCCCUUCCCGCUUUCGCAACUGACAGAUAACAUGAGUUUUUUUCAAAGAACGUACAAUGUGUUGUUUUACACCCUUCGGCUUUUCCUCUACAAGCGCAUCGUUGGUCCUCACUACAGCGCUUUGUGCGAGCGAUAUUUUGGUUCUGAUUUGCACUAUUUUGAAUUAUUUCAAGCAGCUGAUAUUUGGCUCAUGGGGGUCGAUUUUGUCUUUGAAUUUCCUCGCCCAACUAUGCCAAAUAUAAUUUACGUUGGAGGUUACCAAUGCAAGCCUGCAAAAGCGCUUCCGAGCGAUCUGGAGGACUUUGUGCAAAGCUCUGGAGAGCAUGGCGUCAUUAUUAUGUCUUUAGGAACGUUUGUUGGCCAACUUCCUCCUGAUAUAGCUGAUGAAAUAGCAGCUGCGUUUGCUCAGCUUAAACAAAAAGUGAUUUGGAGAUAUACAGGAGACAAACCGUCUACUUUAGGCAACAACACUUUACUGGUUAACUGGUUACCGCAGAAUGAUUUGUUGGGGCAUGCAAAAACCAAGGUUUUUGUGUCUCAUGGAGGUAAUAAUGGUAUUUUUGAAGCUAUCUAUCAUGCCGUUCCUAUAGUCGGAUUACCGCUGAUUUUCGAUCAGGAUGAUAACCUUUCAAAAAUGAGACAUCGAGGUGUAGCUAAAGUUGUGGACAUUGCAACCGUAGAUAGACAUAUAUUUAAAGAUGCCAUACAGGAAGUGCUUACAGAGCCGUCCUACAGAAAGAACAUGCAGAAACUGUCCAGACUCCAUAGAGACACACCGUUAAAUCCGUUAAACAGCGCCCUCUUCUGGAUUGAGUUUGUGAUGAGACACAAAGGCGCUGCUCAUCUGCGCACGGACUCUUAUAAAAUGCCCUGGUACUCGUACCACAGUGUUGAUGUUGUAGUGUUCCUAGUGUCAGUUGUGUGUUUUACAGUUUAUGUUGUAUUUAAAGUGAUCAGAUGUUUGUGUUGCAGGUUGUGUGCAAAAAGAAAACGAGCAAAACUUGAUUAAGUGAUCAUUAAAAAUGUAUUCAUGAUUUUAGAAAAUGUAUUUUUUUUUUAAUGUAUUUUUAAUUAUCUCCAGGAUGUCAAAUUAUUAUUGUAUAAUAUAGAAAUAAAAAAACUUGAUAUCAAAAUCUAACUAUUUUUAUGAUAACUGCAAUAUAAUUGAACCUGGAAUAUACUCAGGAAGAGAAAAUAGUUGUGAUAUAGAUUAACAGCUAAUAAAAGUUCCAAAAACUGCAGUGAAAUGAAUUAUUUUAUGCUAAAUUAACAUAGCUGAAAAUACUUUAUAUUUAGUGUAAAUAGUGUGUUUUUUCAUUAUUGACAAUUUUGGGGGCAUUGUUUAAGAUUUUCUGAAAUUGUGAAAAUGCCUAAAAAGAUUUCAAUGUAUCCACAAAAAAUGUAAUGUAAAUAUAGAAUAUUUUUUUUCAAAUAUAGAAUAUAUAUAUAUAUAUAUAUAUAUAUAUAUAUAUAUAUAUAUAUAUACACACACACACACUAACGUUUACAUUUUAAUAUAAUUAGUUAAUGUAACAAAUUUACCAUGUGAAUUCUGAUUAAAUGCAAAAUCUUAAAGUGAACAUGAACCAAUUUAAUUUGUUAUUUUUAUUUUUUGUUAAUAUUAUCAAUAUUUAAAACAUAUAUAUUUAUUUUAUUUUAUUUUAUUUUUAUUUUAUUUCAUUUUUUUUUUCAGAAUUCUUUGAAUAGAAAGGUCCAAAGAUCAGUAUUUAUCUGAAAUAAAAAGCUUUUGUAACAUUAUACACUAUAGCGUUCAAAAUAUAGCAUUCAUGUGUGUAUAUAUAUAUAUGUAUAUGUAUAUGUGUGUGUGUGUGUAUAUAUAUAUAUAUGUGUUUUAUAUGUAUUUUAUAUAUUUUAUAUAUUUUAUUAUGAAAAUUAAUAUUUUUAUUUAGCAAGGUUGCUUUAAACUGGUUAAAAGUGAUGAUAAAGACCUUAUUUAAAAAUAUUUCUGUCUCAGAUAAAUUCUGUUCUUCUGACCUUUCUAUUCAUCAGAGAAACUUGAAAAAAUUCUACUUGGCUAUUUUCAACAUAAUAAUAAUAAUAAUAAAUAAUAAUAAUAAUAAUAAUAAUGAUGAUGAUGAUAAAUGUUUUUUUUAAGCAGCAAAUCAGAAUUUUAUAAUGAUUAUUGUAAUUAUUAGUAUUAGUAAUAAUGCUAAAAAUUCAAAAUUCAGCUUUGAAAUCAUAGGAAUAAAUUGCAUUUUAAAAUGUAUUCAAAUAGAAAUCAGUGUUUUAUAUAAUAAAAAUAUUUCCAAAUUUUACUGUUUUUUUUUUUUUUUUUUUUUUUUUUUUUUUUU